GGAGGGGUCCCCACACCAGAUCUGAAUGUAUAUGUGACGCGUGUGACCCUCCACUUUCUGCCACUGCCCCUCCUCCCACACCCCUCUCCCCAGAACUGGACGCCGGAGUCCUCCCUGGGCUCGGGGGGUAGUAGGGGCGCGGGGAAUACCCUCUCCCCUCACCCCAGAACGCUCACUAAUGGUUUCCUUGUAUCCCCUCGCCCCACCAGAAGAGGAGCGCCCCAAACCUAGCAGGCCCAUGGUGCCCCCACUGAUCCCCCCGAAGAUCCCGGAAGGGGAGCGGGUGGACUUCGACGACAUCCACCGCAAGCGCAUGGAGAAGGACCUGCUGGAGCUGCAGACACUCAUAGACGUGCACUUCGAGCAGCGCAAGAAGGAGGAGGAGGAGCUGGUGGCGCUGAAGGAGCGCAUCGAGCGGCGCCGGGCCGAGAGAGCCGAGCAGCAGCGCUUCAGGACCGAGAAGGAGCGUGAGCGCCAGGCCAAGCUGGCGGAGGAGAAGAUGCGGAAGGAGGAGGAGGAGGCCAAGAAGCGGGCGGAGGACGACGCCAAGAAGAAGAAGGUGCUGUCCAACAUGGGGGCGCACUUCGGCGGCUACCUGGUGAAGGCGGAGCAGAAGCGCGGCAAGAGGCAGACCGGGCGCGAGACCAAGCUGCGGAUCCUGUCGGAGCGCAAGAAGCCGCUGCACAUCGAGGCCAUGGGCGAGGAGCAGCUGCGGCAAAAGGCCCAGGAGCUGUCGGACUGGAUCCACCAGCUGGAAUCCGAGAAGUUCGACCUCAUGGAGAAGCUCAAGCAGCAGAAAUACGAGAUCAACGUGCUUUACAACCGCAUCAGCCACGCGCAGAAGUUCCGGAAGGGGGCAGGGAAGGGCCGUGUUGGUGGCCGCUGGAAGUGAGGCCCAGCCCAGGACACCUGGCGUCAUGGCUGUUGGAGUGUGCGUGCUGUUCUGUGCUUGAAAUAAACACUCCCCCCA